CAUCUUACAAUCAGACCCCAUCACGUGACUCAUGAUGACACUCCGGGGUCUCUGUAUAAAUAAGUUCCUCCAUUUGGAAGUUCUGCCAAACUUCAGAAGAGCUGCAAGAAGAUACAAGUGGAACACUUUCACAUGAGACAUAACUCUUCAGUUUGCGUGCGUUCUAGUUCCCCUGCAAAGGCUGUGCUGAAAAAUGGAGCACCUGGAAAAUUCCACGGCAUCACCCAAACGCCUGUCCCUGCACACUCAGAGCACCGCGGACUCCCAGGCAGACAGAAGCGACGGCAACGCGUACCUGUACAUAUUAAUCGUCAUGUCUUUCUACGGAGUCUUCCUCUGUGGUAUAAUGCUGGGCUACUUUCGCUCUAAGAGGAGGGAGAAGAGGAGGAUCAACAUAUUCACGCGCCUCGUGCACGAGGAGGAGCAGCGGGAGUGGGGCGCGCUGCCCAGAAAGCACAGCCUCACCUUCCCCGCCGCUGUCUCGGUGCUGCCCUCGUUGCAGGUGUCCCUGCCUUUCUGUAGUCACCAUGGCAACCAUUUUGGACACCUCCACUACGAGGGCGCGCUGCCUUCUCCGCUGGCGUGCGCGCUGUGCACGGAGCAGAGCAGCAUCAGCUCCCUGUGCUCCUCGGCGGACACGCGCUUCACCAUCGAGGAGGAGUCGGACAGCGGCACGGCGGAGGGGACGGAGGAGAACGUGAAGGGAGGAUCCGAGAACAGCGGAGACGAUUCAGGCUGAACUUUACCCAGAAAAACUGAGCGUUAACGAUCCACUGCCAAAAAGAGGAGAAACAUCACCUGAAGAGACCUGGAGGUCCUCAGGAGUCUUUAAAAUAAAGAAGCCCAAAGAGUGGAACCAUCAGCUGUUGCAAUAAAAACUCAAACCCGAACCAACAUGAUCCCUGAUAUGACAUCAAUGAAAGGGCUGGAAACAGCUGAAUGAGAAUAAGAGUGUUGUAGAUUUUAGCUGCACUGCUUAGAGGGGACAAUUGCACAGAAUGUACCUUUAUUGUUUUUGCUUGAUUUGUUUUGGAUAACUGCUGCUCUCCAUAUUUAUAACAGUAAGACACGUUCUGAUUCAGUGCUACACCUGACCUGCACAGUGGCAGCAUGAAGCUACACGUUCACCACAUGAAGCCACAUAUGGCCUCAGAAGAUUUUACUCUUUAGGUUUAAUAUUUAUACCUAUCUGCAUUUCAAAUGACAAGAUAAGAUGCAUCAUUUUAUAUGUUAUAUGUUGGAAUAAUUAUGCUGAUAUUAAGCAGAGCUUUACCUUGUAGACGUAAACCAGAUCAUUUACUAUUACACGUUAUGGUUUUACUGUAUAUUUGCCUCACUCUGUGGUGACCCCUCCCUGCUGGAACUCCUCCUGACGCCACACUGAGAUCCACCGCACUGGUUUGGGCUGAUGACUCACCCUGCAGGGGACUGAGUGGAGAACCGGCUUUUUGGGCUGUUUGGGCUCAAACUGAACUUGACUCGCUCGCUGUCGAGUAUUGAAACGUACCUGGAACCCACUUGAAAGAUUGUCUAAACUAAACUGUAGUUUGUUGUCGCUUCAUCGUGGACACACACUGUUCAUACACAACGGAUGAGUUCGGUUUACUUGAUGAAAGCAAUGCACUGUACAUACGGUUUGUAUUUGUCACUCUGUAAGGCUUAAUUUAAGACGGAAUCUUUGUAGCGUUACGGAAAAUAAAAAUGCUUUCGAAUGGAAA